AUGUCUGCUAAUAUUCCUGCCAUUGUGUUCACCGACUGGGACGGUACCGUUACUCUCCAGGACUCUAACGACUACUUGACUGAGAACCUCGGUUUUGGUCGUCCAAAGAGAUUGGAGGUCAAUGACGAUAUUUUGUAUGGCAAGAAGACUUUCAAGGACGGUUUCUCCGAGAUGUUGGCCUCAAUUCCUACUCCGUUCCCAGAAUGUAUUGACUUCUUGUUGAAGAACAUCAAGCUUGACCCUGGUUUCAAGGAAUUCUUCCAGUGGGCCGACUCCAGAGGUAUUCCUGUUGUCGUUGUAAGCAGCGGUAUGACUCCAAUUAUCCAUGCUUUGCUCGAGAGAUUGGUUGGUUCUGAGGCUGUUGACAAGAUCUUGAUCAUGUCCAACGAUGUCAAGAUUGACGAGGCUACUGAUAAGUGGAACAUUGUCUACAAGCACCCUGAGAGUGGCUUUGGCCACGAUAAGAGUCUCUCGAUCAAGGAGUACUUGAACGAUAAGGGAUUCAAUGAGUCCAACAUGCCUCCUUUGUUCUACUGUGGUGAUGGCGUGAGUGACUUGUCCGCUGCCAAAGAGACAAACUUGUUGUUUGCCAAACAUGGUAAGGACUUGAUCAAGUACUGCAGAAGAGAAGACAUUCCAUACACUGAGUUCAACGACUUUGCUGAGAUCACUGCCAAGAUCAAGGCAUGUGUUGACGACGGUAAGGACUAUAAGGACUUUAUCGAGAAUUAA